AGAGCUGAUGCUAAGGGAACAGAUCAGAGAAACAGAGACCAGAGAGUGACAGAGACAAAGAGAGCCAAAGACACACUGCUGGAUAUAAAGGAGGAAGAUGAGUAGGAAGGGCUAUUACAGCUUGUAGACAGAGAGAGAGGGAUAGAGAGAGGGAGAGAGACCAAGCGAGCGAGAUAAAGAGAGAGGGAGGUAGGGGGAGCCUAACAGCCAGGGCAAGACAGAGAGUGGCACAGCAGAGAGGGAGAAAACAGAGAAGAGGAGAAGGAGAGCGCGUGUUUGUGCUUCCAAGCCUGGAUCCCUAAAGCGUAUCCUGGCCAGCCACCGACAGCAAUCGUGGAGAUACGGGAUUAAGGCUCUGCACCUCUUUCCAUCCCCUCAGACAGACAGCCUCAGCUUCCUGUCCCCAGCCCUGCAGUUUGCCGAGUCACACCUGACGAAGAGUCUCCGGUCGACCUAACGUAUAAUUUGUCUGUGGAGACUAAGAGUUGAAGGGCGGGGGGAGGACAAGGAGAUCUUAGAAGGACCACUAGCUGUCUGAGAGGAUUAAGGGGACACAGUGAUGGAGAGGGAGUCGCACAGACAGUCACCAUUAUGUCAUUCCCCCUCUCUUCUACAGCGUGAUAAAGGAAAGAAGAAAAAGUGAAAGAAAAAGUCCAAGAUGUCAAGGCCCUUGACCUCUCUCCUCUUAACCUGAUUCUUCCUCUGAUGUUCCACAUUUGGGCAGUCCGCCUACCUCGAGUUUGUUUAUUUUAACCCUGCAGAAUGUUUGGUCUGUGACCUUUGACCUUUCGGUUGGGUCAAACUGAGCGUGCUCCCGAGGUCAGCUGGCCUCCUUCCCGUGGAAUACAAUAGAAUCUGAGAUGAACUACAUAAGGGCCAUUAACCGUCAUUAGACCUAUACUGGACCUUCAACUAGCUCUUUGAGGAGACACUGAAGGACCAAUUCAUCUGACCACAUUCGAAACAUACAGAGAGCAUAGUCUAUACACCGAGUGGAGAGACUGAGCCUUCCGUAUAGCCUGACUGAAGGAAAGAGAGGUGUGCUCCCCCCUUCUACUCUAAAAGACAGGAUAACCUGAGUCUGGAAUUGUUCUGGCACUGGGAGCUUUAUGAGGAGCGGAGGACAUCAGAGCCCAUGGUUUCGAAAAAAUACAAAUGACAGACUAGAAAAAAGGGUGGAUGAAAGAAAUCAUUGAUUUCGAGAACCUCGUGGACUGACAUGCCCGUCCUCUCCGCCCACUCAAAGACGUGUGUGUGAGUGAGUACAACCGCUUACAGAACCGGCAGUGCUCUCUCCUCGCUGAAAUGCCAUGUUUCUGUGGAUGUAAAAGGUCAUGAUCCAUUUAUACUUGCUGUGUUGGACCCAGUCCUUCACUUACUGCUGUGAUAAAGAUAAACACUCUCUGAGAGACACUCUCUUCUGGACUUGAUCCAUCAAUUAAAGUCCAUAGGAGAUAUACCAUACAACCCACUCAAAAAAGCCUGUACUGGCUGGAUCAGCUGUGUUGAAAAAGGGCAGUGAAAGCACCAUGCAGUAAAACAAUGGUGGGAUCCUGUGAUUUUCUACUGAGAGCCAGGAAAAUCCCUCUAAAGUGCUUAAUGUACUCCUGAGGUGGAGAAAGUAUUCAUGGGAGGGGAUAAUGCAUACCCCCCCUGUGCUGACCUCAGAAGCCACCAUGAGCAACAUGACUGUCCUUGACAUGGCGGAACCCUCCGACCACUCCAUGACCCCACCCGUUGAGCCCUACCCUCUCAGUUUCCAGCUCCUUCUUCUCCUUCUCCAGGUGUCUCUGACUGGGUUCCUGCUGCUGGAGAUUGUCCUGGGUCUGAGCUCCAACCUCACCGUGCUGGUUCUCUACUGCAUGAAACAGAACCUGGUCAGCUCCGUCUCCAACAUAGUCACCAUGAACCUCCACGUUCUUGACGUUCUGGUGUGUGUGGCGUGCAUCCCUCUGACAACCGUGGUGGUACUCCUCCCCUUGGGGGCUGAUGCGGCCUUGGUUGACUGCUUCCACGAGGCCUGCGUCUCCUUCGCCAGUGUCGCCACCGCCGCCAACGUCCUGGCCAUCACCGUGGACCGCUACGACAUCUCCGUCCGCCCCGCGAACCGUGUGCUGACCAUGGGCCGGGCAGCAGCCCUCUUGGGCUCCAUUUGGACUCUAUCGUUCCUCAGUUUCCUGGUGCCCUUCAUGGAGGUGGGCUUCUUCAGCCAUUCCGACUCAGACUAUGGCUUUAACCAGACUACCGUGCUCCCUGAAAAUGAGUAUACCACAGAACAGGGACUGUACUACCACUUGCUAGCCCAGAUUCCCAUAUUCUUCUUCACAGCUGUGGUCAUGCUGGUCACAUACUACAAAAUCCUCCAGGCACUGAACAUUCGCAUAGGCACACGCUUCCAACACAACCCACCCAAGAAAAAGCCCAAGAAGAAAAAAACAAUCUCCUUGACCACGGCGCCACAGGCCGAGUCUACGGACGCGUCCCAGGGCAGCGCGGGGGUCAGAGGCGGAGGGAACACGCCACUGGGUAUGCGGACAUCAGUGUCUGUGAUCAUCGCGUUGCGGAGGGCGGUGAAACGCCACCGGGAGCGGCGGGAACGGCAGAAGCGUGUCUUUAGGAUGUCACUCCUCAUCAUCUCCACCUUUCUGCUGUGCUGGACACCGAUCACGGUGCUCAACACGGUUAUCCUGAGCGCUGGCCCCAGCGACUUCACUGUCAAGCUGAGGUUAGGAUUCCUUGUCAUGGCCUACGGGACCACAAUCUUCCAUCCGCUGCUCUACGCCUUCACCAGGCAGAAGUUCCAGAAGGUUCUGAAGAGCAAGAUGAAGAAGAGGGUGGUGUCGGUGGUGGAGGCUGACCCAAAUCCUAACAACGUGGUGAUCCAUAACUCCUGGAUCGACCCCAAGAGGAACAAGAAGGUCACCUUUGAGGAAACUGAGGUCAGGCAGAAGUGUCUAUCCUCCGUGGAUGUGGAAUAAGUUGAAACCGAACAGCAGCAUUGAGACAAUAUGGAAUAAGUUAAAUGGACAAAAUUGAACAACCUAGAGAACAUGUAAUAUGCCAAACCAUAUGAAUUCACUAGCAUGAGAUGUUCUAGCUGAAAUGACUUUCAACCACUGAGAUGAAGUGGGAUUCGUGAAACCAUCUGGAACAACUAUAACAUGGCAUAAGUAAACCAUUUGGAAUAACUUCGACAAUUUGUUAAGUCGAACUAUAAGGGAUUAAUUUGGACUGUGUGGAAGAAACUAUGACUAAAUCUUAUCAGAGAAAAGGUCUGAAGCUAGGUGGACACAUUGUUGGAUGUGACAAAGUGAUUGUGUUUGUGGGUCUGUGAUUCAUUGUGCAUAGUGUCCGAUUUUCUGGGGAUGGAAAGGAAGGGUGCAGAGUCGGUAAAGGUGAGCCAAGGUCGGGGGAGGGGGGCAAUAAUGGUGUGGAACACAAGGACACAAUGACUGAAGUUGCAAUUCAUUUUAAAAGGGAAACCACUGCACUGACACCGUAAUUUAACUGAAAGAGUAUUACAUGUAAAGCCUCCUGAGGGGGAUAAUUUAUUAUUAUUUAUUGUGUGAUAUGAUGGAGUGGGGUCAAGGACAUUUAAAAAUGCUGUUUAAUGGCUCUACUUACUGCAUGGCGUUGUUUAAGUAAUAUAUUAGACUAUAUGUGUACAGCCAUGUACAGUAUAGGAAAAAAUACAUUCAUACUUUAAGACUAAAUAUUUGUCCCUUUU